CAAGACCCUAUUUUUCUUCUUCCUCAAAACAACAAAAAAUAUUUUCUCAAUCUAUUUGCAAUUUACAAUUUCACUUGGUUUCUUUGUGAUCAAAGGUGUGCGGUUCUGAACUUGAUGCUUUUAUUCUACUGGUGUUAGUGAGAAUGGAAUCACAGAAAAGUCAACAUGAACAACAGCCAUCGCCUGCUGCUGCAACCCCCUCCACCACUUCAUGUCGAAAGAAGAAGAGUGAACAAGCCAGUUUCUUGGAGGAUGUGAAGGAUCAUAUUGAUGAGUUUAUCCAUGCCUCUAUGGAUGAACACAAAACUUGCUUCAAGAAGACCAUGCAGAAGAUGUUUGGCAUGUCAAAGAUUGUCGCUGAGAGGAGUUCCGACACCAAGGAAGUUGAAAGUUCUCUGCCCCUUCAAACCACAGUGGCAAAAUAGAAUAUCUUCUGAUGUUAAUUAGUUAAAAUUGUGGCACUGCAGUUUCAGUUUGAUGAACGAGAAAAUUUGACUUUGUAAGGUUAACUGGUGACUAUUAUGAAGCUGAUUACUUAGUGUUAUGACUAUGUUCUUGUGAUCUA